GCAUGUAAAGAAAUGGACUUUUAUGGAUUACUUUCUUCGGGAAAAGGGCCAAAUAUCAGUAACCUGUUCAUACUAAUGAUGAUUUAUUAUUUUGAAGUUUCAUGCAGUCAGCAAGUAUGCUUUGUGUGUAAUCAUGUAAGGGAUUUCUCAUCCUGCCAACAGAACGUCCGGGUUUGUCCACCAGGAGAGAUAUGCUUCACGUCAGAAACCUUGAGUAACUAUGGAUUUUUGGUUUACAGUUCGGGUUGCGCAUCUAAGCAGACAUGUGACACUUUGAGCAUAAAUAGUCUUGAAGGGCCAAAUAAACAAACAUCAGUGAGACCCAAUAACAUCAUAGGCAAACGAACAACAAGGAGUUGCUAUUGUUGUUGUGCUAACGAAGGCGAUAUGUAUCGACUCUGUAACAAGGAUCGAUGCAGCAUGCAAAUGACAUCAAGAUCUACGACCAGAUCCAUUGGAAUCACCUCAUCUACCUUUUUCACAACUACUUCAACGCCAGUCACGACAACACCCUUCUCUUCCAUGACUAAUCGCACCGCUUCCAGGACACACCCAUCUUCAACCCUUUCCACUACAGAAGUACCCACUUUGUCCACAACAAAGCCAACCUCAAAUUUGACACCGCCCGCCUCGUCACCAGUAUCUUCUACCUCGUCAACGUCAAAUCCAACAUCGCCCAUGACAACUCCUAUAUCGUCACCUUCAAGGCCCAUAUCGUCCGUGAAAACUCCUGCCUGGUCACAUUCAAGGCCCACAUGAGAACUCCUACCUCGUCAACAUCAGAGCCCACAUCGCCGAUAACAACU